GCGUUUUGUUAUUGUUAAUGCUUCCCCAGUCCAUCGACUGUCUCUUUCGUUUGUUAUGAUUCGUUCCUCAUGAUUAUUUACAACCGGCGGGCGGCGACGUAUAUGCAUCUCUUUCGGUACCACAGUUUUCUUGCAAUGGGUUUUUCAUUUUUAAGUGUCUGCGAGCGAGACCGCGGGCGGGCUGCGGGGGCCCGACGGAAAAAUAUGAACAAAAUUUUGUGCUCUUAAAAAUUAUUGAUUUUUCAUCGUUAAAAAAAUAAAGUGAGCCGAGCGAGUGUCUAAUUGCAUACGUUAUGUGAAGUCGGACGGUCUCACAACUGUAUAUAAAUACAGUUCCAGUAUUCAAACCUAAAAUAUAUACAGUCUAGUCUAAAAAGUUUCUACUUAAAAUUAAAAGAAAAAACGAAGUAUUAAUUGUACUUAUAAUAAAAUAAAAAGAAAAUAUUUUUUACUUGUAGCUAUAAUUAAAAAACUGUGAUAAGUAUUGGAGAGAUUUGAAAGAACUGCAAUCUUUUUUUGUAAUAACGGUUUUGUGCAAUUUUUGAGAGGUGUGCAGUGAUUGGCCAAAGAUAUGUUUAGGUAGUUUUAGUGUAGUACGUGAAACAGAGAUGGCGCUGCCCCCGCAACAGUUCUGCGUUCGAUGGAACUCCUAUCAUACUAAUUUACAGGCGGUGUUCCCCCGCCUGCUGCUGACGGAGCAGUUCGCGGACGUGACGCUGGCGUGCGAGUCGCGCCAGCUGCGCUGUCACAAGCUGGUGCUGUCGGCCUGCUCCGCCUACCUGGAGCGGCUGCUGUUGCAGAACCCCUGCGACCAUCCCAUCGUCCUCAUGAGGGAUAUGAGGUUCAGUGAGAUGCAGGCCCUGGUGGACUUCAUGUACAAGGGCGAGGUCAACGUGACGCAGGAGGAGCUCCCCAGCCUCCUCAAGUCCGCCGAGGCGCUGCAGAUACGAGGUCUAUGUUCAAGUGACACAUCCAGCUUGACCUCAGAGCUGGGCAAAGACACGAAGGACUUCACGGUGGCCAGCGAGGCGCUCGUGGCCAACGCGCAGAGAGAGAACGCGGCUAACGGUCCGACCCACCAGAAGCAGUCGUCCACCAGCAGCAACCCUCACAACCAGUCCACAACCAACGGCACCAAGAAGCGCAAGUCCGAGGAGAGAGCCGACAUCAAGGAGGAGACCGUCGAGGAGGACGGACUCUACUACGGGGAGCUCGACAACGAACAUAUGGAGUACCACGAGGACGAUGAGCCAGGCAAGCCGGGGAGCAGCUUGGGCCAGCCCUCCGGAAGAAAAUAUCUCCGCGUUAAGCCCGAGAGCGAGCUAUUCUUUCAAACUAAACUACAGA